AUGGUUGAUGACAUCCCUACAAGUUCCUCAACAUUCGAAUCGAAACCUGGUCCUUCAUCCCCUUGUUCACAGUUCAUCAAAGAUUGGCAGGAAAGACGAGCGUAUGUACGACCCAGUGGAAAUUUAGUGUUAAUGUUAACAGAAAGAGAACGUGGAUUUUCAAAGCACGGUGUCUGCCAUGUUCGAAAUAGGCGUGAAUUCUACGGAACAGUGGCCAUGGAUCGGGUAGUUGAGGUUCCAGAAACUCGCCACAUGCAGGACCAUGUAGUUUCUUGGACUCCAGAUGGUUCUAGGCUGAUAACGUUUCGCAUAAACUUACGUUCUGUUAGAAUAUUUCGAUAUUUGGGUGUGGAAAGAGUUCGCGGAAGUGCUCCUGAGGAACUAUGCGAACGACUUUUCACACUGGAAUCUGAGGUAAUGAUGAUGAUGGGCUCUUCACGCCUAGAAAGUGCACUGUUACGAACAGAUUGUAUGCUUUUCACUGACGACGGGAAAUAUAUGGUUGUAGCAACAACAGCACCGGCACCAGAUCAGCUAAUCACAAUACCAAUGGUUUAUCCGAAUCAUGAAGCACUUCCAUUGGCGAACUACAGCCUGGAGAUAUACACCUUUUUCACAAUUGAUUUAAAGAAAGGAUCCAUAGCUCAUUUUGUUAUGUACAACUUCGAUAGAAUCAAUUUAACCCAUGGCGUUGCGUUAUGUGGAUCUACAAUGAUGAUAAUGUCCUUACAGAAACAGGUUAUCCAUAUGCUCCAUGUGGAUGAGCACGGUGCGAUGAUACCUUUGAAAGAUAUUGGCCCUUCGGUAUGGGAUGACGAUGCACUGUAUUUAUUUGGCGACUGUCAAGCCACGCCUACGCGAUCGACUCUAUACACUGGUUUGAAACAACGGUUACUGACGUUUUUGUAUCAUGAAGCAAAACGCGAAGGAAACAUACAACAUUUUCUUCGAUUUAUGCCACCAUACGUAGAGAAGCUUAGAAUGCAUCGGGCACAAUUGUUCGAUGGGCAUUACCUGCUGGUCAGGAUGCUACCGCAUUCUUCAAUUCGAUACGAUGUUUCUUUAAUGCCUUGUUUUUUAUUUGUUAUGGACUGGAGAAACUGCAAAAUUUUGGCUAUAUAUCGAGAAUAUGGGCCCGAAUUGUUGGCGUUCUAUGAGAACUUCGUGGAAUCCUUGCUUACUCCUUCUCAGAAUCCACACCGGUAUCCGAAAUCAUUCCAGUAUAAUCCACAUUCUCGACAAAGAGUGCACUGGUUAAUGGCGAAUAGCUCUGGGACAAUGCCCGAAGCAUUAUAUCGACGCAUUUUGUCGGUGUUACCAUUUUGUGGAUGUCAUCACUCUUCAUCGGAAAAUCCAUACCUCGACCCGCUUUACUUCUCCAUAGAUGAGAAAGUUCAUUCAAAUCUUAUGUACGGCCGCAUGCGUUUCGAUCUUGGACCAGUCAAAAUAUUUGCGAGACGAGCGCAACACUUGGUCUGUACGUUGUCGGUGCCACCAGCGUUAGCAUCGAAAGGACCAGCCUGCGUGAUACUUUUCCAUCCGCAAGACCCUCUCGCUGUGGCAUUUGAUCGAGUAGCCAGAACUAUGAGACCUACCUCUGCAGUGCGUGAAAUGCACGUGGCGCUGGUAGGAAUGGCUGGAUCUGGCAAAUCAGCUAUAGCCGUAAAAUAUAUAACGAAGCGCUUCAUUGGAGAGUACGACUCGACUUUAGAGGAUACUUAUUGCCGCCAGGAUACGGUAGCUGGGCAGCCGCUGAUGGUGUGGGUCAUGGACACGGUGGAUGAUGCGUCUCGUGACGAAAUGCGGUGGUUAGCUUGGGCUGAUGUGUACGUAGUGGUCUACGAUGUUACCAGCCAAUUAAGCCUACAAUAUGCUGAAAGUAUUCUGGAACGUAUAGCUAUGCAUGAACAUUUGCUGUGUGCCAGAGAGCAUAAGACGAUUCUGCUUGGGAACAAGAACGACCUAGAGAGGUAUAGACAAGUUUCCGAAGCUGAAGGAGAGGCAAUGGCCGCAAAGUACAAAAUUCAAUUCGCCGAAUCAACAGCAGCUGGUGAUCCCCGUCCCCUGUCGCAGCUGCUGCACACUACUUUUCAUAAUAUCCUGACUGGAACGAGGAGUCCUUCACCACGACUGUGUUCGUCGGACUCGGAGAUUGUGACUCCAAGGAAGUCCGCAUUCUCGGCAUUACGGUCAACGAGCAGAUCCAGCCAAGUCCGUGUUAAAGCGCCAAAACCAGCGCAAUUGCACAAAACUCCAAGCCUGAGCAAGAUCAAGACGGGUAGCAAGUUGUUGAAGUUGUUUCACAACUAA